AUGGGAAGAGGGGCUGGUGGUAUGGGAAUUGGAAGAGGGCCUUUUGGUUUUCCUGGGGGUAUGGGAAGAGGGGGUGGUGAUGAUGUAAGUGUAGGUCUAGGUCUAGGUCCUCCUGGGUUUGAGAACGCUCCUCGUCAAGGCUACGAUGUUGCUGCUCGAGCACCGAUCGGCUUUGAUGCAUUUGCAAGUGGAAAGAAUUCAGGAGGAUCAGAAGGUUCAGGAGGAUCAGGUGGAAAGAACAAUGCUGGUGGGGGUUACUCAGCAGGCGAUUCUGGUUCGUUCCACUAUAACAUUGGUGGUGGGGGUGGCGGUGUUUCAGCUGCUGUUUCGAACGGUCUCUCGACUGCUGCGGCACCUGUUCAGGUCGAGGAAGGUCCUGUUGGGAUGGUUGGAAUGGUGGCAGCUUCGUGUGUGAAGCUAGCUAAUCAACUUUCGUCCGAGGAGAUGCUAGACUCAACAACCGGAUCUUCAAAGAAAUCAGACGCCGCAGCCGUUCCACCAGAAAGUUGA